AUGGUGCCAGGAGCCUCCGCUAUCUCUGACAGCCUCCAUCCCUCGGAGAGGCUCAGCCAGACCUGUCAGCCUGCAGAAGGUGCAGAGCCCAGGGACAGGUCUCCCAGCUUCCUUGGACCCUUGGACUUCAACAACAUGGGCGUGACCCUGAGCACUGACAUGGCCAGGGAAAGCCCCCAGGUCCAAGUGGGAGCCCAGCCUGAUCCAGGGGAGCCGUCUCAGGAGCAGGUGGAGGAGCAGCAAGUGUCCUGGAACCAGCAGCUGCAGGACCACAGCUCCCAGGUGACGGUGCUGGAUGUGCCAGCUGGCAACAGCCCGUGCCUGAAGCAGGUCAGAGCAAGGUGGCCGGUGCUGGCUGUGGCCACUGCACUGGCGGGCACUUGGGGGGUUCCUGGCAGCAUCAGGCCCUGUGAUGGAGGCAUUGUCUUCUCCUCACAGCCCGACGGCACCUGUGUUCCACUGGAGAUCGUGCUAAUGGAAAAGGUAGGCUUUGGCUGCCGCAGAAUUAUCCAGCUCCUCGACUGGUUCGAGCUGCCUGACAGCUUCGUUCUGGUGAUGGAGCGUCCAGAGCAAUCUCGGGAUCUCUUGCACAUCCUGCUGGAGCAAGAGUUCCUGAGCGAGGAGGCGGCACGCUGGCUUUUCUGGCAGGUGCUGGAGGCCGUGUGGCACUGCACCACCUGCGGCAUCCUGCACCGGGACAUCAAGCCAGAGAACCUCCUCGUCAACCCGGAGACUGGCGACCUGAAGCUGAUCGGCUUUGGUUGUGGCACCUUCCUCCAGGAGCGGGCCUGCACACAGUUUGCCGGUGAGCCCAGAGCGCGGGCCCUGCUCCCAGUGCCAGGCACUGCACAGCCCCAUUCCCUCCUGGGCCGUAGGGUGCAGCAUUCAGCCGGCUGCCGGCUGCCCUGUGGCACGGGGCAGGUGCUGUGCCCCAGGAGCCGGCUGCCAGCCCUGCCGACAGAAAGGGGCUGCAAAAGCCGGGCCCCGGCUCCUCGGCUUGGCAGGCCCACAAGGCCUUGGGCUGCUCCACUGGCGUUCUCAGCCUUGCAGAAUGGUUUCUUGGCUUUGGCCCAUUGUCAGGGGGAGGCAGGCAGGCCUUGGGGGGAAGUU